UCCGCUGGCGGAGGCGGCGGCGGCGGCGGCGGCCUGGGAUUCGGGCGGGAUGGAGGAGGCCGCCCUCGGAGAUGCCGAACUCAACUGGUCCCGCCUCAGCGUCUCGGCCGAGGCGCUGGAGUCGGAACUGGAGGCGCGCGCCGAGGAGCGGCGGGGCUCGCGGGAGGCGCUGCUGCGCCUGCUGCUGCCCUACAACCGGCUGACGUCGCUGCCGCGGGCGCUGGGCAGCGGCUUCCCGCACCUCCAGCUCCUGGACGUCAGCGGGAACGCGCUCACGGCGCUGGGGCCCGAGCUGCUGACGCUGAGCGGCCUGCGCACGCUGCUGGCCCGGAACAACCGACUCGGCGGCCCGGGCUCGCUGCCCAAGGGCCUGGCCCAGUCGCCGCUCUGCCGCAGCCUCCAGGUGCUCAACCUCAGCGGCAACUGUUUCCAGGAGGUGCCCCCCUCGCUGCUGGAGCUGCGGGCGCUGCAGACCCUCAGCCUGGGCGGCAACCAGCUGCAGAGCAUCCCCGCCGAGAUCGAGAACUUGCAGAGUUUAGAAUGUUUAUACCUUGGAGGAAACUUCAUUAAAGAAAUCCCACCAGAAUUAGCAAAUCUACCUUCUCUGAAUUACUUGGUGUUGUGUGACAACAAAAUCCAAAGUGUGCCUCCUCAGCUUUCACAGUUGCAUUCACUUCGUUCCCUCAGUCUCCACAAUAACUUGCUGACAUAUCUGCCUCGAGAGAUCCUCAACCUCAUUCAUCUGGAAGAGCUGAGUUUGCGAGGAAAUCCAUUGGUUGUUCGCUUUGUUAGAGACUUAACAUAUGACCCUCCAACUCUUCUGGAAUUAGCUGCAAGGACCAUUAAGAUCCGAAGUAUUUCUUACACUCCCUAUGAUCUUCCUGGGAAUCUUCUUAGAUACUUGGGGUCAGCCAGCAAUUGCCCAAACCCAAAGUGUGGUGGCGUCUAUUUUGACUGCUGUGUCAGGCAGAUUAAGUUUGUGGACUUCUGUGGGAAGUAUCGCCUCCCCCUGAUGCACUACUUGUGUUCUCCAGAAUGCUCUUCCCCCUGUACUUCUGCAUCCCACAGCUCCACAUCCCAGAGUGAGUCCGACUCAGAAGAUGAAGCCAGUGUUGCUGCACACAGAAUGCAGAAAGUUCUUCUUGGUUGAGCAGCAGUGGGUCUUGAGAAAUACUAAACACUACACAAAGACAUUUAAAAAGAAAAUGGAGCUUGAAGUUGAUUGGAAACCUUAGUGUUUUCAUCUUGAAUGUCCAUGUAAGAGUUGCAGUGAUGUAAAAGGUUUUGCAUUCCAUCUAUCUGUUCAGCAAGAUUGAGUCCAGUUCCACGUUUAGAUUCUUUGAGUGUAAUUUAUUCUGAAUGGCAGUUCACAAUUCAGUUCAGCUGGUUGGUCACAAUCUUCACUGAAGUCUUUGAUGAAACGCUAGCAGAAUGGUACACCUUGAAGAGCAGUCACCAUCAGCCUGGAGUGUUGUCACUUGGGGCAGUUGGGUUGACUAAAGUAAGACUUGAUGACAGUUGUGCUUACCAGAGUUGUCCUGGUUUGUGUUGAACACUCUGCCAUGAUAGACUGGGCCUUCCCCUGUGUCACCCCUGACUUGAGCCUUUCUGACCAACUAACUGGUACAGUAAGGACUAUCACUUUCCAAUGGACUGUUUAAAUUUUAGCUCUUGUUUGGUGUGAUUGUUACUAACCUUAUGCAGUCUAGCUGUGAUGUAAUGUGUUACAGUGCCUUAAUCCUAGCAAGGAUGUGGAAGCUUAUUCUAGAAAUGACUUCAGAGCAGCCUACAACCUGACACUAUGCAAACAACACUUGGAAAUAUGCUUUCACAGACUAAGUAAACCCUAUAGAUAGUCCCUGAGUCCUGCAGGCCUGGGACUUGUGAUGUAGAAUGGGCUGGCCGGGAACUCCGAGAUCUACUUGCCUCCACCUCCUGGUGCUGGCAUUAAAGUGUUCACCACCACCUGCUUCCAUGGCUAUCUUAACUUCAUUUUGUUAACUGUAGUAGUGAUCUUGUGUAAGCAAGGCUAUACAGUCAGAUCCAUCUAUUCGCCAAAAGAUAGAAUCAUCGUUCUUGACAGAAAAAUCUAGACGACAAGUAAUCUGAGAAAAGCUGCUUUAUAAUAAUGGACUAAAUGAGGAAAAGUUGGACAUGGUUGUGCACACCUCCACACCAGCACUUGGGAGGCAGAAGGUCAGGAGUUCAAAGUUAGCCUAGGCGCCAUAGUGAAGUUGAGGCCAGCCUGAGCUAUAUACAUGAAAACUUGUCUCAUAGGGGGGUGGGUUAGGGUGGGGUGGGUUUUAACUGUCAAAUGUGUCAUCUUUGCUUGUUGUAUACUAAACCAAAACUGUCUCUGCAUUUGAAAGACAAACGACAACUAGAUAGCAUGACAGUUGAAGGGAGUCAGAAGUAGAGCUCAUGAUGUUCAUCCACAAUAGACUAGUUCACAAAGUUGGUGUAACCAUUGAACAUGGAGAAAACACUAAUAAAACUGGCAUCCUUAAGGUGUGGGAGAAAAAUAGUAACACAAAUUAUUAUCAUUGAACAUUAACAAAUUUUACUAACUAGUUGAUUAUGCGAUAAAAGCUAAUAUUAAAACUCUAAAUUGACACUAGAAAAUCUUUAACUCUCACUACUGAUGAUUAAGUAAGCAACCUGUAAUAGUGUGAAGGCUGCUUGGUAAGUGCUAAAGGUAGUUUCAGAUUGCAUUAGGGUGUCAGGUGAUCUCUUCAAGAGUGCUUUGUUAGAGGCCAACUGUGUGCUGAGAAUGUUUGCAGGUUUCCUGUAUAUAUCAUUUUUAUUUUAGUAGAUUAUUUUAGUAAACUAUAUUAGUAGAUUAUAGGGUAAUUCAGGGUUUGUGUGUGUUUGUGUUACGUCAUGAAACACGAGAGUUUCGUGGCUGCAGUUGUGAAACGCUGCUAUAGUGAGUCCCCUUACCUUUCCCUCGGAAUAGUGUAGUAAGAUUAUUUUUUCUUUUUUGAUUUAGAAAUUUUCGUCCUGUGUUUAUAGAAGUGAUGUUUCUACUGCUAACAUAAUUGUAUAAUAGAAGUUACAAAGUUUAUAUUUUACCUAGUGAGUUUAUAUUUUACCUAGUAAGCUGUAGACUUCAAGAUUAGGAAAGGCACAGAUGCCUGGGCCGUACCCAAGUGUCAUACUGUAAAUGCUUUGUAAACUGUAAAUUAAAUAACUUUAGUUAAAUAACAGAAUGUUUUCACGGAAAACAUUCAAAUUGUUGGGACCACAUUCUUCUGGUUUAAAUACUUGUAAUAAUCAUCUUGACCUAAGUAAUAGCUUGAGUAGCCCUUUAGGAAUUACUUGUUGUAAAUAGCCUUGUAAAUAGAGCAUCUAACCAUACAUACCCUUUCCAGCCUUCUAGAAAGAAGGUAUACUGUUUCAUCUUUCAUAAAUGUAAAUAUUCUAGCCUAUGGCAUAUAGAUGUAUCCUAUGGUGUUCUUUCAACAAAGUGUUUAUUGUGGGUUUUUUAUGUGUAUAGUUAAACUCUGAACAGUAUACCAGAUCAGUGUACAGCUGUCUUUUUGGCAGGGGUAGGGAUUAUAGGGAUAGAUUCCCAAGGCCUUUGUGCAUGCUGAGCAAGCUACAGUCCAAGCAUAGCAGGUAUAGCUUUCAGUGAAAUCUUUUGUAGCUGUUUGACCUUUUUUGUUUUUCCUUUUUUACUCAUCUUUGGCCUUAUCCUUUACUGCCAGUGAUUGCUAAAAAAUUUUCUUCUUUCUUUUUCAUUAUUUUUCUUUUUUAAAAAACCAAUUAUAGACAUUCACUUGGUGAGAUAGGAAUUGGCCAUCUAGAAAUAUGAUCAUCUUCUGAAGUCAGCAAAUAUAUUUUGAGUGGUAGUCUGUCUCGCUAGUUAUAAGCCCCAUAUAUAUCCAGCUAAUGAACUCUUAGAGUUUCAGAAUCAGCAAGAGCUAAUUUUCAUAAUACAGCUGUUUUGUUUUCUAAGACAGAGCCUGGCUGUGUAGCCUAGGCUAGCCUUGAACACACUAUGUAGCCCAGUCUGGCCUGCUUGUAAUGCUUUUGCCUCAGCUUCCCAGCUGCUGGGAUCACAAGUGUAAACCAUGAGCCCAGCUCAGAAUUUUACAUGGAAAUGUGCCAAAGGUGCCUCUUGGCCUAAAAAUCUCCGUGUUAAAAUUUUGUUGCCAAUAUUAAAAACAAACAUACAUUGUAAGUUGACUUCAAAUAUGAGAUGUUUGGGGGUGAUGCAAAUAAAUUUCCAGACACUGGAAAUACUGGGUUUAAAAAGACUCAAGAAGAGGCUCUUUGCUAGAAUGUAAAACAAAUCUUGAAAAGCAGCAAAGGAUGGGGAAAGAGAAGUCAUAGGUACCAGGGAAAUCCCUGAGCCAACAAAGACCUGUAGAGUAAUAAGGAAUUGUUUUAAAAUUGACUUGCAAAAUGGCCUACUGCUGCCACCAGAAAACCUUAUCACUAAGUUUAUUACUGUUGUUAUUAUUAUUCUGUCGGUCCCGCUGCUGGAGGCUGUUCCAUUUGCUCCCGGUAAAGCAGCGCCAGCAAGCUGUUUCAGCCUUGCUUUUUCCAGAGUUGGAAAGUAUUUCUUCAUUGGUCUGGUUUAUAAUACAGCAGGUAGCCUUGGUGAAUGUUUACUUUUUUGUUUUGUGUGUGUAGGUUUUUUUUUUUUUUUUUUUUUAGUGCAAAUCAAGUAUUUAGUAGUGGCUAUUUACAUAAAAAAAAACCAUGUGAGUUUCCAUGUGAGUGCUUGUAGAUACCACUUUACUAGUAAAAGUAUAUGUGUAAAAUUAUUUAGCUGCAUUUAGUUUUGAAGUGCCUAAUUUUUACCUAAAUGACUUGCCUUUCAUAUAAAAGUAGAGAUUUUAUUAUAAAUAUUGCUCUCCAUUUAGUCCAAAGUACUGUGUUUUUGACUUAGACUAGGCAUGGAACCCUGGUGAAGGGUGCUGUGUAGGCUUUAGGCAGUGUGACAAGUAGCACAUAGUUCUGUUCCGUUGCUUAGAAAAGUAUUUAGUUAGCCUUCACUGUCUGUAUAUUAAGCACUUCAUGUUAUAUAACAUUAGUUCAGUAGCAUGCAGUUUGAUAUUUUCAUCAUAGUGUGAUCUUUUUGGUAGUAUAGUGGGUAGCGAUAUCCUUUGUGGUCUGAAAGUAAGUGCCUUAAGUCUUCCAUUUAACCCGAACUAUGGGAAAGAACGUAUAUUAUAUGGUAAAUUGUCGGUGAUGGCUGGUGUGAUCUUCUGCAUUAACUUGAAAAGAAAAACUGAUCCUGAGGGAUUCCUUUGCCCACAACAGGGCCCACUGUGUGUGUAGGGCUUCUGGGGAGGGAAUCUUAAUCAUACUGUGCCAGGAGAUCAGAGCCCUCUGGAACCAAGGAUCAAGCACCACCACCACCACCACCACCCUGCCCCAGUAGAAAGGUGUACCUUUUAUAUAGUAUUUUAUUUAAAUGUAUAUGCUCCCACAAAGGACAGCAGAAGUUCCACUGCUGUCAUAUUUAUAUCAUCUUAGGAAAAUAUUGUCACUGAGGUUUAGCAUGUUUUAUCACCAGUUUUCCUACAGACCGAAGUGGGGAUAGUUUAAUAUGUAUAAGUGCCACCAUUCUUACUGCAUUUUUCUUGAUCGAUAUUUACUAAGGAUUGGAUUCAGAAGCAUUCCACUAACUCAAAGUUGAACACGUUAGAAGGUGGUUUUGAUGGGUGCUGCUAGGCUUUUAUUUAGCAUCAGUCAGCCUCAGUCAUUGGCAUACUCUUCAGUCUCGUGUGUAUUAUGUAUGUAUAAAAUCUAGUAGUAGCUUAGUGAAGGUUAUUAACUGUCUGCAUUCACUAGAACAUACUUUAUUCUUUUGACCAUGAAUAAACUGAAUAAAAUUGUAUUAUUCAAAACUUAAGCUGGGGAAAGAAACUAGGAGGAGGUUGGCAUUGCUGUUAUUGGAACCAUAACUAGGUUGGUGUUGUGUACAGGGAUGGUUGAGGCCCCUGUUCUCACAGUUCACGUGCUCAGCACUGGUGUUCCCGAGAAACAGUGUUGACCCAGUAGUCACUUUCUCACAGUCAUAGCAGACUUAUGUUGAGGUUUGUUGCAUUUUUGAGCCCACUUGGUAUUCGUUAGAAACAGAACAUAAUGGGAAAGACUUUCUGCAUAACCAUCCUUAGCUUUUCAUAAAAUUGGGGCCUUCAAAUACCAACAAAAGAUGCUGAAAGAUGUUACUUUGGUCAAAUUAUUAUGUAUGUUCUAACUUCUUUAAUUUUCAGUACCUAAAGUCUUGUGUAUUAGAAAUAUAUGUAUAAGUAGAUACAUAAUUAAAAUGUAACUCAGAAAUAUGAAUUAAUAAUGGAGUUUGUUUUCUGAAAAAGAUAGUCCUAUUGUAUCAAAUUUAUGUUACCUUAUAAUGGCUAAUAUUCUAAAAAGAAUGUUUAAACUAUUUAAAUUCUUGUGCCUCCUCCUCCAAAGGACAUGAAAAAAUAUGAUCUUAGAUUAACUUUAAAUACCUUCUUCAUGAAUUUUGCCUUAAACAUUGUGCCUCAUUUUAUUAAAUUGUGUUAUUAGACCCAAUUCUGGUUUUUGUGACAGCAUUUUAUUCUAAACAAACAUUUAUUUUAAAGAAAACUUUAUAAUGCCUGUAUUUGGUAUAUCACUGCUUAUAUGUUUAUUGAAUUUAUUGAAUACACAACUUCAAAAAUUAA